UAUCAAAAGGAAAUGGAGUUUUCCCGCAUAAAGCUGAUAUGGGACACCAACCUAGCUGGGAUACUGAUCCUACUCAGCUCUGCUCUGUUUCAAGUGUGGCUCUCAUUCUGUGACCAAACCAGUGUGACAUGGCAGAUGAUGGACUCAUUGAAAGACGCUGCUGAGCAGAUCUGGAGAAUGAUAUGGAAGGAUUUGUUUAAUGAGAACAGCUUCCUGAUCCAAACUGUGGGGACCACUAUUUGGGGAGUGCUAUGUUGGCUGUCACUUAAUUCUUUCUUUUUGGUAGUUGACUAUACUGGCCGUCCACAGUGGCUGUACAAGUAUAAGAUUCAAGAGGAAAAGAACAAUCCUGCAGACAGAAAGAAAGUUCUGGGUACAUUUAAAACGGCACUCUACAACAUUUCAGUGCUAAACUUUGUGGUUCUGACUGUAAUAUAUUACCCGAACACGAGAUGGUUGGGCUCACUCCGAUCCACUGGUCUGUUACCCACAUUUGGGGAACUUGUUCUUCAGAUCUGGGCAUUUAAGAUCAUGGAAGAGUUUGGCAAUUACUACGGACAUAGGAUACUACACAUGCCUCAGUUCUACAAAUACCAUAAGAAGCAUCACGAAUGGACGGCCCCCAUGAGUAUCGUAUCGUCUCACUGUGGAACUGUUGAGCAUAUCCUUGGAAACAUCCUCCCAGUAGCAGCAGGUCCUUACAUCUUCAGGUCUCAUCUCUUUGUGGGAUGGAUUUGGUCACUCUUGGUACUGUUUAACACAACUGUAGAGCACAGCGCGAGCGGAUAUCACCUUCCUCUCCUCUACAGUGCUGAGGGACACGACUAUCAUCACAAAACGUUCACAUCUUGGUACGGUACAAUGGCAUUUCUAGACGUCCUACAUGGUACAGAUAAACCCUUCAGUGGCACAGUUGAUGGGAAGAGACACUUCAUAUCCUGUACUCUGACACCUGUGAAUGAAACUGUUUCUGAUAGAGAAGAUAGUUGCAAGGUGGAAUGACGGGAUUGAAUCUAAUGGUCUAUUUUCAAGGAAAAAUGUCUCUUAAGACUACACUUUUACACAUAAAAGCACAAUUUAUGUGUUUUUCGAGAAGUUUUUCAUAUCCAUUUUAAUUUUAAUUUCUUAUUGUUCAUAAUGAUAAUGACAUUAAUAAUUUUUUAAACAUA